GAAAAACUGUCAUAAAUGAACAAUUCARUGUGUCUUCAGCCAUCGCCAGCUACCACUGUAGUUCUCCCCAUCAUCUACUCCUGCCUGCUUCUUGCUGGAAUCUUUGGAAACAUUCUUGCUGCCUGGAUAUUUUCACGGAAAGCCCCCACACGAAGGACCCAGUACAUUUACCUGGUCAACCUCAUGACUGCAAACCUGCUGGUUUGCAGCACCAUGCCCUUCCUGGCCGCCUAUUUUGUGGAUGGGCACCGCUGGCCCUAUGAGUCCGUGGCGUGCAGGAUCGCCCAUCACCUGGGGACACUGGUGAUGCACGUCAGCAUGUAUGUGACCAUCGUUAUCCUGUGCUCCAUUGCCCUCAGCCAGUAUGCCACGCUCAAGAAGAACAGUGCCCAAUACUCCCAAGCGCUCCUGGGGAACUUCUACGGGCGCCUGCUUCAGAAAUUCCGGCGGUCAAAGUUUGCUAAAUGUUUGUGUGUGGUGAUAUGGCUGAUUGUGCUGUGCAUAACAGUCACAGCCAUCACAUACAACACCCAGGAGGAGACUUCAGCAGAGUUCCCCACGUGCUACAACAUCAGGGUAGAAGUUGGGGAACGUCCUGCAAUGAUUGCAGGUUGUCUUGCCACCACAUGCUUUUUUCUGUCUUUUAUGACAGUUUUGUGGUCGUACUAUUCUCUUACCAGACAUCUGAGCAAAGUACAGAAAAAUACCUGUAUCCGAGAAAAACAUCUAAUUUACAGAACAGUGAAAAGAAACGUUCUUGUCAUCCAGAUGAUAUUAACUGUCUGCUUUCUUCCAUAUCAUAUUUUCAGGCCAAUUUUCUAUGUACUGCUUAUAGAUAAUGACUGCCCAAGGUUAAAUUAUCUAGUGGAAAUUAAAAAUUUCCUUACUUGUCUUGCUGCUGCUAAAAGUAGUUUAGAUCCAGUUAUAACCCUUCUGCUAGACAAAACGUUUAAAAAAAGUCUUUAUGGCCUGUUUACAAAAUCCACACCACAACAUCCAAAACAAAAUGAUGAUGUUGGAUGA